AUGUUAAGUAUUAUCAAGUGUUUCAGAACAGUUUCUAAUGCUUGUUUGUUUACUUCAAGUGGUUGUGAGCCAAUCUAUUUGAUUGCUCAAAGAGACCGUAUUUUAUUUGAUUUAAAGUAUGGCAGAAGAUCUGAUAGGGUUUUUCAUUUACAAGUGGAUAUUUCAAAUAUUGAGACUUAUAGAAUAGUUAAUAAGGUUCAUCCUGCAUUAUUUACUGAUUACUUUUGGGAUAAGAAGCUCCCUAUUCGUGAAGGACACGAAAGUUUUACGGACGAUUCAAAGAUAGAUGAAAGGGGUUGCUCUUUCGUAGCUUAUUCAAAUAGUGAAAUUGGUUUUACUAAAAAGUUUAGAUUAUGUGAUAAUUCAACAGUUUUUCAAGCAGAAGUUUUUGCCAUUCUUAAAUCUUUGGAAUGGAUACUGGGGAAAUAUUCAAAAGAUGUUGAUUUAUUCUCGGAUAGUCAAAGUGCAUUACUUGCCAUAAUUUCUGGAAAAUCUUUUACUAAAUUGGUUUAUGAUGCUCAUGUACUUCUGAUUGAAAAUUGGAAGAAAAGAAAUAUCAAUCUCCAUUGGAUUAAAGGUCAUACUGGACACGAAGGAAAUGAACUUGCUGAUACUUGUGCUAAACAAGCUACGUUGAAGAGUUUGAUUGAUGUUUAUCUUCCUACUUGUAUUGAGACUUUAAAGAACACAUUAAAGAAUAGAAUAAUUGAUGUAUGGCAGGUUUUCUGGGACAAAGAUUCAAAAGGAAGAUACACUUAUAGAUUCUUUAGAACAGUUAAUAAAAAGAGGUGUAUUGGUAAUGGGUUUUAA